AUGGGGCUCUUAGGUAUGAUGGGUGACUCGUUUGGUUGCUCAGCGAUUGGGGAGCGACUUGUCUGUCUCCGCUUUUUGCAAGAGAUGGAGACAUCCAGGAGGCUAGAGCUCUCUUGGAACUCAAUCCCCGCCUUGCACGGUACUCGACUUUCGGGAUCCGGAACUCGCCUCUCCAUUACUCGGCAGCAAAGGGCCACCAUGAGAUUGUCUCCCCUCCUAAUCGAAUCCGGCGUUAAUAUUAACCUUAGAAAUUGCAGAGGACAGACUGCUCUGAUGCAAGCUUGUCUAUAUGGUCACUGGAAAGUUGUACAGAUUCUAGUUCUUUUUAAAGCUAAUAUUCACAGGAGAGACUGUUUUAGUGGCGCGACCGCUAUUCAUUUUGCCGCCCUAAAAGGUCAUACUCGGUGCAUUCGGCUUCUUAUGGCUGAUUACGUGCCUAGCUUGUCAGAGUUUUGGACCAUUAUGCAUGGAAAGUCCACAGAUGAAAUGAAAAAGGAUGCCUUUGAUGCCGUGGCUCUCCAGAGACUAGUUAAUGGAAAGUCGGAUGGUGGCGUCACCCCGCUUCACUUGGCAGCCCUUCAUGGGCAUGCUGAGAGUGUGCAGUUGCUAUUAGACCUUGGAGCCUCUGUCUCUGAGGUGACUGUCAAUGAUGGUUCAACUAUUGACCUCAUUGGUUCAGGAGCACACCCUCCAUUACGCCGGCAUGUGGUGGAAGUGCUGUUUGCUGCCAAGUUGACUCCUUUAUUGGUGGCUCGUUCGUGGCACAAAACUAGUAUUGAAGGUAUUCUAAGCAAGCAACCAGAAAAUCGAAUGCGUAUUCUUCCUUCACCAUACCUUUGUCUACCACUGAUGAGCAUUGUCAAAAUUGCCCGGGAAUGUGGAUGGAGGAAAACUUCUGCCUCAUCCACUUGUCAGGAUCCAUGUGUCAUAUGUUUGGAGGUGGAAUGCACUGUAGCUGCAGAAGGUUGUGGCCAUGAGUUUUGCACCAAAUGUGCCCUCUACUUGUGCUCCACCACAAGCAGCUCAACAUCUAUCCGUGGAGUUCCUGGCUCCAUAUCCUGCCCUUUGUGUCGGCAUGCCAUUGUCUCCUUCAUGAGGCCCACCAGCACUACCCCAAUAAAGGCGCUUCCAUGGACAAGUGCAUCGCUAGCUCUAUGUGCAGCAGGCGCAAGCACUGGUCCUGAUCAUGGCAGGUCCUUGCAUCGACGGCCUGACAUGCGUCGAUUGCGCUCCUCCUCAGUUCAGCUGGGAUGCUCUUCUUUUAGAUCCAUUGGCUCUGGGAAGCUGUCAUCCAUAAAGCUGAACUGCACAGGAGCUGAAGAGGCAGUGCCUUGCCUCGUCAGCUGCCUCAGGCCCGAUGUGCAGCGUUCAUCGUCAUACAGGGAAAGAAUUAGGAGAUAUUCAGAGUUUUGA